AUGACUACCGAAAAGAAGGACAAGUUGGAGGCGCAAAUCAAGUCCGUCGAUAUGACGGAGGACAUGCAGCAGGAAGCCAUUGCUCUUUCGAUCGAGGCAAUGGAGAAGUAUCACGUUGAGAAGGAUAUCGCGCAGUAUAUCAAGAAAGAAUUUGAUUCUCGAAAGGGCGCAACCUGGCACUGUGUUGUAGGACGCAACUUUGGAAGCUUCGUCACCCAUGAGACGAAGCACUUCAUUUACUUCUACCUUGGACACUGUGCAAUCCUCCUCUUCAAGACCCAGUAA